UUCAAUUUGACCGUCGAGUGCAGAGAACGUCGGUGCGCCGCUCUUGCCAUUGCCAUCGGCCGGCCAGCUAAAAAAACGACCUGAAGCCAUAAUAACGCGUGUGAAUGAGAGGCCAACGAAAUAUCCAAAGCAUAAGUGAACAGUGUGUGAGCCAGUGAGCGCUUUAAAUAGAAAUCGCGAAAUAGUCAACUCGAUGGAAGUCGCCGUCUAGAAAAAUAGCAGAAUAGCCAUAAUAACCACUUGUGAGCCGAAGUGACACAAUGUAAAGAGCAAACGAAAAUAUAUAAAUAAAUUAAUUAAUAAAUUCAAUUGGAUUAACUCAAACAUCGCAGGGGAAGGAGUAUCAAAGGCCCUGAUCCUAAAUAAAACGAAUUUAAAAACACCGUAGUAAUUUUUCAAGAGCAGUAAAAUUUGAAAACAAUGAAAUAUAUAAAGAAUUUAUGACUGACAACGGUCUUGAAUUAAAGUGGAAGUGAUAUUGGUGCACUAAAGCAGCACUCGGAAAACAUCAACGAGGCAACGUACCAAAUUAGAGUUUUAAAAAUUCUUAAAGGAAAAUUUGGCGGUAAAGUGACUCAACAUUUAACGAUAUGGGAAAUAUGGCGCUGAGACGAUCAGCACAGGGUGUUGCCAAGUCGAAUAGCGUCGCAGUGAGAAGUCCAAUAUCCCUAUCGCUGGUACUGCUGCUUUGCUUAGCGCUAGUCGAUAGCUCCAGUGCACAAGUUGAUACCACCAUAAGUCAGCAAGAAAGUCAAUCAGUUGUGCUACCGUGCCCCGUCGAUGCAGAAAAGUGCGGAAAACUCCACUCACUAAAUUGGUUUAAGGGCGAUGAUCGCAUUGCUGCAAUGCUUCUUGGCGAUAGUAAUGUCACGAGUGUCAAUAAAGAGUUCGACGAAAGGGUUACUGUGGAGCAAAACCCAUACAGACUAGUAAUUAAGGACUUAAAAAUAGCUGAUGAAGAUAUUUAUCUAUGUGAUACUACAUUUUUUAUACCAGAAGAAACUUGUGAUAACUUUAAUGGAUAUCGAAUAGAAUUGAGAGUCUUAGUGCCACCCACUGAGGUAGUUAUCUUGGAUGCAAAAGGAGAUCGAAUCGAGAACGGCAGUGUAGUGGGCCCCAUGCAGGAACGCCAGUCCCUCAAAGCUACGUGCACUGUACGGAACACCCGGCCUCAACCUGAAGUGAGCUGGUUUCGCGGAACAAAGCGUCUAACAACUUACUCCCCCACUCAUGACCUAGUCGAUGGUCUUUAUACGUCAACACUCGAGUUGGAUUGGACAUUGUCUCGCGAAGAUCUUGCCCAGGAUAUUGAAUGUCGCGUGAAAUCUGCCGCAAUACCAAAUGUUACUGUAACUAAGUUUAGCGUGGAUCUACAAGUUCGGCCAACUAGCAUUGACAUUAAUGGGGUAAAACAUCACACAGUGCAAGGCAGCAAAGUGGUUUUAACAUGUGACAUUCACGGAGCUCGACCGGCAGUAAAUCUUACUUGGUAUAAUACAACCACCGUAAUAAGUUCUGGCGAAAAUGAAAUAACUGAAGUUCGGACUAAAUCGCUCGAGAAAAGCGAUGGCACCUUUCACACUCAAUCCGAACUCAUUUUUAAUGCCACUCGCUUUGAAAAUGAUCGCGUUUUUCGCUGCGAAGCGGAAAAUAUUGUUUUGCAAAUUAAUCGCGAAAAACCAAUUUCAUCUGCCCUCACGUUGGAAGUCUUAUAUCCCCCCGUAGUCAAAGUCAGUCCAUCUGCUAUAACUGCCAAUACAAGUGAAAUAGUUCUUCUCAAUUGUGAAUACUUUGCAAACCCAGCCUCUCUGACUCAAGUUGAAUGGUAUCGGAAUGAUAUUUUGGUGAAUGUCAAUGACACGACUCAUUAUAAAGGUGGUAAUUCGGAGAAUGUGGCUCUUGUUAUAAAAUCUACUGAAAAAGAGGACAUUGGAAAUUAUUCCUGCCAAUUGUCAAAUAAUAUUGGCACAGGAACUUCUGAUCACAAAAUAAAUCUUGACGUGCAGUAUGCCCCAAGUGUUGAAAUUCUAAUGAUACCAGAAGGACCGGUUAAGGAAAGCGAUGAAUCAAAUGUGACCCUGUUUUGCAACGUCUUGGAUGCAAAUCCGUCUGUUCUUACCAAAGUGAGGUGGUACGCCAACUCUACGCUCCUUAAGGAACUUCCAGACUGCGAAGAAACAAGAGAGGACCUGUGUCACAUAGACCCCAGCAAACUUUUGUUGGAGAGCAUUGGUCGUGGCUUCUUCUACAAUUAUUCCUGUGAGGGAUUCAAUGCUGCAGGCUGGGGUCCACGAAGCGAAGAUAAAGAGCUGUUGGUACAUUACGAGCCAGGUCCUGCGGCGUUAUCUCAUUUCCCGUUAGUCGCCGUUAAGAAAAAGAGUGUGACAUUCUCCUGUUCCGUAGAUGAUCCCGGAUUUCCAGAAUCAAAUAGGUUUGUAGCGCAAAAGGCCAACCAGAAUCACAAAACGAAAAAUCCCCAACACGCUCCGCUCAUGGAUUUUCAUACCGUCCAAGCAAUGCAACCGCAGGAAGCCGACAUUGCUUUUGAAGCAAUGCUGCUGCAUAAACACCAAAAUCCUCUACCGUUCAAUGAUUCGACUCAAACAUCAAUGGGAACACCACAAGAAAGCGCAUCUCAUCCAGCACAUCAAAUCAAAGAGACUCAUGCUUUAAUUGAUUUACAUUUAAACCAUUCCCUCUGUACAUUGAUCACGCUCACCACAUACACGCCACAAUCGCAAAUAUUAACUCUUUACACGGGGGUACAACAAAAAAAAGACGCCUCCGCCACAUCCUACGCCCUUUAUCGAAAAAUGGGCAAAUUUUCGUUUGUUGCUCAAAUUGUUUCGAAACCCAACAGAUUUCGUUGGCUACGCGGCGGUCGGGGUCCUCUGCAGGACAUUGUGACGAAGGACUGGACGGUGGAGCCAGUGGGUCUGGAUAGUCGGACAAAUUAUUCUUGCUACGCAUACAAUGAGGGAGGCAAAGGUGUGAUGGCCACGGUAAACUUAGAGGUACACGCACCCCCGUUUUUCAUCAAGAACUUGCCUCCGUACACGGGAAUUUUGCAUUCUUCACCAAAUGCAACUUUGACUUGUCGCAUCGAAUGCGUCCCGCGAUGCGACAUAUCUUGGCAAAAGGACGGUGUGCCAAUAGAAAGGAACGAUACGCGAUAUUUUAUUAAAGAAAAAUACAUGGAUGCCUCCCCCGCAACGGGAGAUUUUGAAAGCAUGCUAUCAGUCUUGCACUUCAAUAUGCCCAAUUGGCCUGAUUCGAAAUUCAACAUCGAGGCUGAUAAUGCAAACUACUCAUGUGUAUCAACGGGAAAUAUCGUGGGCGGAAGCAUAAGGAGUCGCACCUAUUUCGGCAUUGAGUAUGCACCCGAAAAUACGACGGUUUCGGAGAAUGUUGUUUACGUGCAGGAAGGCACAAUACCAGGACGAGUUAUUUGCAAGUCUCGAGCUAACCCAGAGCCUUCUUACAAGUGGAUUUUCAAAAACGAAACUAUUGCCAAUGGCAAUGCGUUAAUUAUUAAUACUGCUAUGAACCGAAACGAUGAUGGAACAUAUACGUGUUUUGCGUAUAACAAGCACGGCAGCAGCAUUGCGAAAACCGUAAUUAAAGUACAAUUUAAGCCACGUUGCGAAAUCGAGAGACAGGAAAUCGAUGACCAGGACACGCUCAUUUGUACUGCGUACGGAAAUCCUAUAGAGGCAGAUUUUUCUUGGUCAAUCAAAACUGAAAAUGAAACAGACGAAAACUUGGGCAGCGGAAAAAAAGAAAAUUCGGUGGAAAGGAGUUUUUACAUAUUGGAGACGGACUAUGCAAUAUCCAGGACUUACAGAUGUGUUGCGAAUAAUACAGUUGGUUACGGCCCGUUUUGUGAAAUUGAAGUAGCUGUGCGACCAAAAAAACAACUGGCAUGGUGGCAACUCUGGGAAAAGAACACACUCAUCAUACUAGUUGCUGCUAUCUUGGGUUUACUGCUGACCGUAAUUGUAAUAUGUUGCAUAAUUAUAUGUAUAUGCCGUCGCCGUCGACGUCAGGAUAAAUAUCUCACGGAAGUGCCAAUAAGUUCAAUCCAAAGUGCAUUGUCUGAUGAGUUAGAUAUGUCACGAUCGGGUAGGAAUCUAUCAACACAGGAUAAAUGUACAGCCAUUUUGCCAAAUCCAUCAUCCUCGCGGGUUAUUGGUAGCGCGCCAAAAUCGCCACCGCGCUGGCCAAUUCGACCUGGGGUAAUGCUGCAUGUGAGCAGUAACACCAAGGAAAAUUUGACUGUAAAUCGAAUGACAGUAAAAGCGAACGUGUCUGGUAAUCGUGGCGACAUGAGUCAGGUGUCGGCUCAAUUGAGUGCUGCAUUAAACGGAAGCCGGGAUAAUUCUGAUGGCACCAUACUAACCGAGUUUUCUGCGGUGUCAGGGGAGAAUGCAGCAUCAGAUCAUUCGUUACUAGAAGUAACAACCCGGAAGAAAGCAACUGUACCAUCAACAAUAAGAAAUGUAUCUACAGCAGAAGGGGCGCCCCAGGAAAACAUAUCUUCCAAAACUCACAGUGCUGGCCACUUCGCAUUGGAUCAUGUCUGGUCACUGAUAUUUAAAAAGUCAGACGAUUGCACUCGGGAUAGUCAACGGAGCCAUGUUGGCCUUUUACAGACCUUUUGGCGCGGACUGGCUGCUAAGGAGAGCGCCUCCGGAUUUGAGAGUCAGCAUCGUUUGAAAGGAAUACGUUGCAGCGGAAGUGUAACCUACAAAAAGGCAAAAGAGACUGUACAUUCAACGUCUGACGCAGCAUCAAAUGGCGAAUCAUCAUUAACCAACGAAAAGCCCAACAACUGCCAGCCGCCCGUGCCAAUUCCAUUGCAUUCAACUGCAAACAUGGAGGAAAAAGCAUCUACAUUUUUAUUACAAGAUGAAAGGAAUAAUUCAUCCAAGGAAGUAGAAAACAUACCGUGUAAUGUUGUUCCUUCUGUAACACGGGGAAGCUCCAUUGAAUCUCCGCAGAGACCUGCCCCUUCAUCAUUACCCAUAAAGAAUUUUUCUAGUGUAACCAACUGGGGAUGUUCUGGUAAUUCUACGAUGGUCCCAUCCAAUACACUCGCUAACGAGCAAAUACACGACAAGUCGUCUUCACUGGGGGAACCGUUGACGGAACCUGGCGAGUAUGAGAAUCUACCAUUUCAUGGUCUGCAAACGGCACCUAACAAGUUCUCUACUACCCCUACAAAUUUUAAUAACAACACAAAUGCGGUGCGCGUUACUCAAAGACCCAAGGAACCGACUGGAAAUAUCAAUCAGCCAUCUGCCGGCCUUUACCAAGAUUGCCAGGCCACUCAUGAUCCACUUUUGUACCAUCAAAAAUAUUUUUGCGAUCAGGACGCACUUAAUGAUCAGAGAUCGCAGUACACCACAAUGCACCGCCCACCAAACAAUGUACAAUAUAACCAAUGCUUAGUUAAGCCAGAUUCUAAUCCUCAAGAUCAACACAACCUCAGCAAUAGCUUUUCUAAAAGUUACACUGAGUAUUACCAGCAGCAUAAGCGUUCGGAAAAAAUGCAAAUGCUAUUUCCACCAGGAGCAUCUAAAGAAUUAAACAGCAACUCGCUGUGUAAUACUGAUCAUACCCCACACUCAGCACUGGUUAAUAUAAAGCCAUACUUGGAGGCCUCUAACUUUAGAGAAUACGAUAGAACGGGAGAAGAAUUACUUGGCAGUAUGCCACGUGCGAGGCACAGCAAAGGCACUUUGAACCUUGAGAACAAAUUUUAUUCGCUGAAACAUCUAGGCGGAAUCGAGCUAAUAAAUCGGGACCUGGAAAAAGACUAUUCCAUAGGUGGUACCACAUCAUCAACACCCUCCGCUACUGAAAACAGCUCCCUUUCCAAAUGCAAGAUAUACAAUUCCUUUGGUUGCAAUAGGCUUUGCAAUGCUGGCACGAACGUUCAGCCGAUGCGCUUAUAUGAUCCUCCUGGAUAUCAGAACAUGGUUGUGGAGCACGCAGACGAUCAAAUUACAGUAUCUAAAAAAGACGAGGGCAACCUGGCUACUGUACAAACACACACCCAUCCGGGCAAAGAUAAAAUGAAAAAUCAUCAUCAUUGGAUUCACCAACACCGGGAAAGAAAAGAUGAAGGCCUAGGUCCUGAUGUUCAUCAAGUGGAGCCGGAACGCAUCAGCAUACAUCGGAGCGACUCUGGCAUUUCCAACAGCUCUUACGAGUCACAGUUUUCAAAACCAAAAAUGGCAACCCUAAACACAUCCUCUGGUCCAUUAGUUCGAAAAUAUGCACACAGAAACAUUAAAGCCCAUAACAGUGUUUUCAAUGCGUCCUACGCAAGUAAUGUCACUGAAAGCGAGGCACAAUUAGAUAACAGUUCCACAUUGCAUCAGUCCUGCACUGUGCCAAGUGUUGCUCCUUCGCACUGCAACCGUCCUAAACCAAGAAAUCGGUACAGCAAGGAGACUACUAAAAAUGAAUGCGAGCAGCAUCAACUGGGUCACCAGAGCUUGAGGCCGGCUUCUACCCCUUCAGAAUGCAUUAGUUUAGAUACAUCCAGCAGAAGCGAAUGCAUCAUGUCGACAGUGCCCGCCCAGUGCGGUACUGUUGAUACACCGAAUGAGAAAAUCCAACUGCUCGCUAUUAAUCCACUUCUAGUUAAAAAUUGGAACUAUGAAUCAUACACCGGUAACAAAAUUAACAAGAAACAGCGGCGGCAAACCAUUAACAACCCAUACGAACAUAUCCAAAGCCACCCAUAUGCAAGACCUGGCGAAGUUUGUGAAGUCUCCAGAAAAGCCCAGAGCCACAGCUCAGAAACAUUCAAAGCUUACAAUUCUGGCUCCAAAUCUGACACGAGUGCUCCACAAACAGCAGCGCCAGAGCAUUCGAAAGUCAAGAACGCCCCAGAAAUCAGCAGCAAAAAAAACGGGAUUGGCGCCAACGGAGAACGUUAUGAAGGAAUGCUAGCUUCCAAACACAUACAGGGGUCAAGACUAGGUUCUCUAGUCGAUAUCGAUGAUUUUCCGUCCCAGGGUCCCUUGAACGCAUUAGUGGCUAAUCCCGCAGAUUGCCUAGUGGCGAGACGGCCUAUACGAUUGCCGUUGCGUAAACAUCACACCUUCCACUUCCAAAGCACUCAGACAGCCAACGGCAAGCUGCAACAGCUGAGGGAGCGACUGCAGCUGCAGCUGCACGAAAGUAGGAAGGUUGAUCAGGAAAAGUUUCCACUGGUGUUUGAUGCACCGGAGUUAAGUGAAAAGCAUGCAUUCAAGCCAAUUUCACCCAUACCUCCACUGAACAAUUCGGCAGUGCAGAGUACAGGGGAUCGGAAUCAGAUCGAUUUUCCGACACAUGGUUCUGUAUGCCAAUUGAAAGGGGCAGAAGAUGAUGAAGACCUUGGAUACAGUUUCUGUGAAGAAGAAUGCGUUGUAGAAAACGAUAUAAAUCCCACCUCGGACAAUCUUAUAACUGCCCCGACCAACAGCUCCUGUUCAUCGACGGCUGUUGAAAGCGCGAAUGUAGGUGCUCUUAAAUACUUUAUGUCGCAAAGUAGUUGUGAAGUACAUAUAUAGAUAUUAAAAUAAUCAAGACGAAUAAAGCCUAAGUGACGCAAACAAGGUAUUUUAUAUUAAGUACACUUAAAAGUAUAAUACAAAAAAUCAAUUAAUACACUUAAGUCAAGGAACACUUUUAAUAUUGUCCAUCAAACCAUACUACUAAAACUAAAAACUUUAUUGCGUGUGAUAGUUUCCGGGAUGUGCAUUUAAUGUCCGUUGCUAGUAGAAUAAAAUGGUAUCUAGAUUCGAUGACAGAUGAAAGCACGCGUGUCCGACCCUAUAAAGGCGAUCUAUCCAUACUAGUCUAUCCCUCCGUCCAUCGGGAACUAUGAAAGCUGCGACUAAGAGAGAGAUUUUGGUAUUUAACCCUUGAUAAACUACGAGCUUACUGUUUUCUUGUUGAAAGUAUACGGUUCUCGUCAUGACAUGACAGUUAAAAUGGUUUUCUGAAAAGGAUGAUACUUUUGGUGAUCAAAAAAUGAUAUGCGCCUUUGUAAUACGUUGUAUGGCAUCGACAUAUUUUAUUACCUUUGGUAACAGUAUCAAUAUCAGAAUGUAUCAAGCCUUUUACGAAAUCUGUUUGGGUUACAAAUGUUACACGUGUAAAAUUAUUUCAUUGUACCGAUAUUUUUAAACGUUAGGACAUGUAAAUACUACGCAUACAAUCAAAAAUAAUUUGUUUAUUAAAAUUCCGUUUUUUCUUUUCUCAUUCGUGACAUAAGAAUAGUCUGUAAAUUGCUAUUUAUAUUCAUGUAAAUAUUAAUUACAUUAUAUAUUCCAGAAGACUAGUUAUUCUCAAACAUAAAGCGGUCUGAAUAUUUUCGGUUUUAAAUUUGUAGAAAUAGGACGACUAUUAUUAAGCGGAACAACAAGCUUGCACUGCGUCUAUGUCUCUAGGUUUUAUAGUUCCUGAUAUCUCGACUUUCAUACGGACGGACGGACAGGGCCAGAUCGACUGGGCUAUUGAUAUACUUUAUAUGGUCGGAAAUUCCUCCUUCCAUCUGUUACAUACUUUUCAACGAAUCUAGUAUACCCUCUUACCCUAUGAGUAACGAGUAUAAAAAUCGAAAGCCGUUUUAAAAAUUUCGUUAUUUUUGAAUUUCAGGAUACAGAAAGCAUUGAAGUAAAUUUUAAGUUACUUAGUUCAUUAUUCUCUGGUUACCCGCAAACUCCUAGUUUUUUGACAUUAAGUUAAAAUUUCCAACUGUAAAACAAUAUGACACAUAGUAUAAAAAUGUUACACGUGUAAUAUGGGCCUUACUCGUUAUUAUUGAAAUAUUGAAUUAAUAAUUAAUUUUAAUUAGCUCAAAGCUGGUUUCAAUUUUGUAUUAUGUCUUAAGUCUUACAGCUGUGAAAAAUAAUGUGGCACCACUUCCUCAAUCAAGGUUUGAAUAAGUCGCCUACCAACACUUCAGAGUAGAUUUUGAUGGUUUUUUUCAUAAUAUUAUUGGUCUUGUAAAUUACUUUCGAUUUGCCAAAAACUUUUUGUACGACCACUCUAACGACCUAAAGCCGCCAAACCGGUCACGCCCAAACUUUUGAACAAUUUUUAAAGUUUUCCUCAUUUAAUUCCUGAGAUUUCGACGUCCAUACGGACGGACAGAUGGAUGGACAGACGGACAGGGUCAGAUCGACUCGGUUAUUGAUUUAGAUUGAGAAUAUGUAUACUUUAUAUGGCCGGUAACUCUCCUUCUGCCUGUUACAUACUUUUUAACGAGUCUGGUAUACCCUUUUACUUCACGAGUAACGGUUACACUUAGAGAUGGUUAAUUCUAAAUUAUUCAUCAUAUUCGUACAAGGGAAAUACCAUGAUACCCUGACCGCAACCUUAAUUCAUUUGAUCAAGAAUAGAAUACGCUAUAGUGGUACCUUUAUUUUUUCGAAACUGUAAGUAUAUCAUAUAACAUGCAUUUAUUAUAAGAAAUAUAAAAAACUUUCCUCUCCUAGUUUGAGUGUACCCUUGCAGAUAUUCAGAAUGCAAAAAUUAUUUUUAAGAUAUUUUUUAUUAAUGUUGUUAUUAAACAUCAAUUACGUGAACAAUCUAUAAAACAAUCGGUGGCUCUGAAUUGAAUAACAAGCAUGGAAUAAUGGUUCAAACUUUAAGGCAUGAGACCAAAAACUAAAAUACCACCUGCAAGGGUAUAAAAUGAAGUGUUUAUUUGUGAGCAUAUAGGAUUAUGCAAAAUAAUUUGGAAGGGCAAAAUAUCAUGUCAGAACAAACUCCGCCAAAUCGUGUACAAGUUACAAGCUUGGUCUUAAGUGUUUUUAGACGCUGAAAUCUUAUUUUAAUGGCAGUUCGAUAUGCUUUCAUUUAUAGUAACUUCUUUAAGUUUGUAACCACUUUGUUCUUUAAUGCAAUUGGAAACUUACACAUAGUCAGUACUCAAGUAUUGUGUCUAAAAACUUUGUAUAUAUCUAUUUAUAUCUAUGUAUUUAUCUUAAGAAUGUAUACAAAACAGCGACUGUAUUAAUUAGUUAUAAAUGCCCAACAUCCAAAUAUAGACUGUUAAAAUAUUAGGAUGUAAAAAUAAAUCCCUAACCAAAGAUUUAUGAAAUAUUUUUAUAUAAGGAGGCCUACUUAUCUAUGUAAAAUUCUGUUGGCGGCACGCUCAUAUCAAUUGGAAACUUUAAAAGACACAAAAUUUAACCAUCGUUUAUAACACUUAUCGAUAAUUUCACAACAGUUUUCAUAAAUUCUCUUAAAAGAAAUCAAUUGUAAUUUUUUAGCAUCUUUCCGACUUUGAGGAUCCUUACAAAAGCAGCAAUACAUAUAUAUUCUAAGUUUUAAUUUGAAUACAUUUCCAUAACAAAGAGAUAAU